AAAUGUCAGAAACCUUCGACAACUCCUCUCGGUAGAGAGUCGGAACUCGAAGCCCCUCUCUCGACCCACGCCCAUGGACCAACCCAACGGAAACGGCCAGGCGGCCGCUCCCGCCCUCUCCAAGAACGCACGCAAGAAACUCCUGAAGCAGCAGCGAUUAGAGUCCAGAAAGGCCGAGCGGAAGGCGGCGGAAAAGGAGCGGAAGCAGCAGGCGGCGGAGCGGCGCCGCAGGGAAUGGGACGAGAAGCUCGCCGCCGCGGCGUCGGAGGAGGAGCGAGCGAGGCUGAUCGAGUCGAGGCGGGAGACGAGGAGGGAGCGGAUGGAGAAACGGUCGGAGGAGCGGGAGAUAAAGAUCGGGCGGCUCAGGAGGGCGGCCGAGGUGGGGCAGAGGGUGGUGGUGGAUCUCGAGUUCGCUCAUCUCAUGACCCCCAACGAAAUCCACAGCCUCGUACAGCAGAUUAUGUAUUGUUAUGCAGUGAAUGGAAGAUGUGCAUCACCAGCUCAUCUCUGGUUGACAGGAUGCAGUGGAGAAAUGGAAACACAGUUACAAAGGCUCCCAGGAUUUGAUAAGUGGAUCAUUGAAAUGGAGAGUAGACCUUAUAUUGAAGCUUUGCAUGAUAAUAAAGAGAACCUUGUCUAUCUCACUGCAGAUGCAGAAACUAUACUUGAUGAACUUGAUCCAAAGAAAAUUUAUAUUAUUGGUGGGUUAGUUGAUCGGAAUCGAUGGAAAGGGAUAACAAUGAAGAAAGCAAAUGACCAAGGAAUUCAGUCUGCAAAACUGCCAAUUGCAAAUUAUCUAAAGAUGUCAAGCUCGCAGAUUCUUACUGUUAACCAAGUGGUUGAGAUACUGCUUAAGUACCUGGAAACAAGAGAUUGGAAAAGUGCAUUCUUUCAGGUAAUUCCUCCAAGAAAAAGAGGUGAAGCUGAAGAAGUUAUUGAAGACGAGGAAACUAUUGAUGCUGCAGAAAUAGAAAGAGUUGAAGAUGAAGCUAAAGGAGAAGAUGUAGAUGAUGAAAAUGUUAGAUUGCAGAAAAAGCAAUGCGUCAGGGAAGCUGGACCUGAAGGAAUUGAAGAUGAAAGUGCUGAAGAUUCUGUAAGAACUGUAGCUGCAAGUGUAGAUGAAGCAGUGGAUUUUGAAGGCAAUAUGCAGACCAAAGAAGCCACCAGUGGUUUGAGAGAGUAACCAAAUGUAUCAAGACCUAAGGAAGGACUACUUUUAGUAUAAGCCUAAAAUCCUAUUGGAUUGAGGUGCAGGUCUUUGAUGAAAAAAUAUGUAGCUGAGUGUUUUAACGAGCAUGAUUGGAUAUCAUGUUUCAAAGUGGUAUGGUUAGAGAACUAGAAAAAAGGGAAGAAUCUCUCUCACUGAGUUAAUUUGUUUUUGGUUUCUUUCUAGUCGGAAUCUUUGAUCCAUCCUUUCAACUGGACUCAGGACCAAUAUUAGUGGUACCUUGAUUUGCUUUUGUUUUAUCAAAAUAUAUAAACUGUUGAAUGCCAGCAUGCAGAGACAAAAAUAUCCUUCAUUGUUGGAGUUGAGAUCAA